AUGGCUACUGAUCUCGCAAGCCGGGGCCUUCCAGAACAUGUCGAUUUAAAUGGUAUUACUGCUGCUGCUCCGACGGUUGCACCUACAACAACUAAUGGUGUUACCUCAACUUGUUCCUCUACCACUAAUUCUUCUACCACUUCACAUUCGCUUUUUGAACGUAACACAACUUUCCUUCAAUCCACCGAUCAAGGUGGUUCCCCAGAGACUUCUGUGGAAGAAGAAAGUAAGGAAGAAACGACUGCAGAAGAAUCCAUUGAUAUAUCUGGAUCACCACUUACUCUUAGGGCGUUGGUGACUACCAAAGAAGCUGGAGUUAUCAUCGGGAAAGCCGGCAAAAAUGUUGCUGAACUUAGAGAAAGUACUAGCGUCAAAGCUGGAGUAACUAAAGUUGUGCAAGGUGUUCAAGAUAGAGUAUUAUCUGUUGCAGGUACUCUCGAGGGAGUUUCUAAGGCAUAUUCUUUAAUUGCGCAGACACUUCUCGAGAAUCCUGUGAAUGCGAGUCCAAAUUCUACUCCUAUCACACCUCCACCGAAUGCAUUCACCUCAAUUCGUUUGCUCAUUUCCCACAAUUUAAUGGGAACUAUAAUCGGUCGUCAAGGGCUUAAAAUUAAACAUAUCCAAGAUGUUUCUGGUGCUAGGAUGGUCGCAUCCAAAGAGAUGCUUCCUCAAAGUACUGAAAGAGUUGUAGAAGUUCAAGGCUCUGUCGAGUCGAUUCGUGUUGCCGUAUGGGAAAUCGGCAAAUGUUUAAUUGAAGAUAAUGAACGUAGUAUUGGAACCGUUCUAUAUAAUCCUGCUAUUCGUGUUACCUCGAGUUACUCAGCUUCACGACGUAACGAUUAUACUACUCGUACUGGUAAUGGAACUGAUUUUACUACUCCGUUCGAACUCAAAAUAUUUCCAUUCCCGCUGACAUGCAUUGCCAAAACUCCACAUGAUGAAACCGGGGAACGAAUGUUCACAAUUCAAGGUUCAGCCGAGGCCAACGAAAAAGCUCUAUUUUUAUUAUACAAUCAACUAGAGAGUGAAAAAGAACGUCGUUUGAAUGCAUCCGGAAAUGGGGGUGAUUCCGAUUCUUAG